AUGAUGCCCUAAAUUGCUCAGCCUACAAUGUCUAUGCAUGUCCUUAUUGAUAUUGAUGAUGAGGAUAUAGUUAAGAGGAGAUAAUCAAAGAAUUAAGUUGACUAACCAUAAUUUUAAGCUUUCGAACUAGAAGGAAAUAAUUCUUUCAAUGCAAGACUUUUAGGAGAUAAAAAAUACACCUAGGUAGUUCCUGAACAUUAAAAUCUGCUCGAUAUACCAUAGCCAAGACAUUUAUAAAAUUCAAUCAGUUCCCCGAUAAAUAGAGUAGCGAAAAAUUCUUAAAGAGGCAGGAAAUCUUCUAGAAGUAAAUCAAAAAACCAGAAAAAUAAUGAAAAAUUGGAUGAACAAGGAUUUGGACUGAAAGCAACAGGAGACUAAUCAUCAAUAUGCCAAAAGAAACAGUUUGAAGGUAAUACUCCCAAAGGGUCAUAAAGAAAAAGACGAGCUUCAAUUUCAAAACCUAGAUUAAAACCUGUGGAUGGUCAAUAAGAUUGCAAUACAUUUAAAAAUUCAAGAACUGCCUAUGGUCGCCAGAGUAUAUUAAGAAAUUCAUAGACUAUUAAAAAUAAGGAUGAGAUUUUUGAAAAUGAGGAAAUGGGCCUCUUACAGACAUAGAAAAGUAAAAAGUUUUCUAAAGAUAAACUAGCUAAAGUAAUUAGUAGAGAAUUUUUAGGCUAUGACAGAGAAGAUGACGAGGAAGAAUUGCCUUUGCCAUAACUUUAAAAAAAUAGCUCUUCAAAUAAAAAUCCAUAAUCUGAAAAAGAAAAAUUCAAGAAUCAAAUGAGCUCACUUAAAUUAUAAUGCCUCUUGGAUGAAUAAGUUGAUUAUGUUCAAAACUACUUUGCUGAUAAGGAUGAAUUUGAAAUUUAUGUGAAUGACUACGAAUAUACCAGAAGUGUAAUCAAGGAUGUGGUUAGAUUCUCAAUGAUUUAGUAUAGAAACAUUAAAAAAAAAUACAAAAAAUAUAGUCAAAAAAAAAAGACUUUGGUGUUUGAUCUAGAUGAGACGCUUAUAAGAAGUGAAUUCAGAAUGAAGGAUGGAUAUGAUAAGAAGUUCAGCUUAUAAUCGAGAUUUUCAUGGACUGGAAGAACUACUAUAUAUUUAUUCUUAAGACCCUACCUUAUGAAAAUGCUUAAAAUACUUAGAUAGGACUUUGAAAUAGUUAUAUUUACUGCAUCUUAAGAAGACUAUGCUACUAAAAUUAUGAAGUGCAUAGAUAAAGAAUAAAACACUUUUGACUAUUUGCUUCAUCGAGAGUAAUGCUUAUAAAAUGAGAAAAUAAAAGUUAUUGUAAAAGAUCUGAGUCUACUACUCUCUGGAAGAGAUAUCAAGGAUAUUAUACUGAUAGACAAUAAAGUAUGCAGCUAUGGUCUUAAUUUUGACAAUGGUAUACCAAUUAAAGACUUCAUGGGAGAUAAAAAUGAUAAAGAACUUUUAUACUUAACAUCAUAUAUUAGACGACGCUUUUUACAUUGUUACGAUGUCCGAGACGUUAUUAAGAAAGACUUUUUAGACCCUAUUAAUGAUUUGAAAAAACUAUACAGCAUCAAAUGA